AUGGCGUCAGAUGCUGACCUAACGUGUAUUCCACUUGAAAACGGGGCAUCAGAUUUGAAUACCACCACCGGAAACUGUCUGAAUAACAGUGGUUCUGAGCUUGAUUACCCCGACUAUUUCCAGAUGAAUGAAACUGCGAGCAUGGUGAUGAAGACACUGCCAAGAAUCGUCAUGAUACUCAUCGCCAUAACAGGUCUCACCGGUAACUCCGUGGUCCUUUAUAUCAUCAUCAAACACCGGGACAUGAGGACAGUUACCAAUUACUUCGUUGCGAACCUAGCCAUCACAGACAUCACAUUCUUGAUACUUUGUGUCAUACCAACAGUGAUCGUUAUCGGUGGAAUGCCCUGGCCACUGGGGGGAUUCAUGUGUCGCAUCAAUUCAUAUUUCCAAUAUGUAUCACAUAUGUGA